GCAAAAGAUAAUUACGUAAAAAAAAAAGAAAAAAGAGAAAGAGAGAGACAACACGAAACUUUAAUACAUAUUUUCCUUGAUUGAUAAUGAUAACACGAAAUCGAUCUUCUCUAAUUCAAACUUGCAUCCUUCGUCUCCGUUGAUUCGCAGCCCCGUUCUCGCCGCAAGUCUUAUCUCCGUCGUCUCUAGUCAGCCUGAACCGAUUCUAUUGGUCUUAUCAAGGUGAUCCUUCUGUUUCUCUGGGAUUAGUUUUGCUUUUAUGAGACAAGACAUGUUGCAGCAUUUGGGUCUUUACUACGUCUAGGUAAUGAAGGCUAUGUGUGAUAGAUUUCUUCCUUCAAAAUGUUCUUCGUCAACCGCAGAUGAGACACGUGAUAAAUCCCCACUUAACGGUUGGACAGUAAUUGUAAACACAGCUUCUUCUAUGGCUAGUGGGGCUAUUAGGAGGUUUCAGGAUCGUGUUUUAGGACCGAGUAGGACCGGUAUUCCCAGCACUACGAGUGAGAUUUGGCUACUGGGUGUCUGUUACAAAAUCUCAGAAGGUGAAUCCUCAGAAGAUGCAGAUGCUGCUGGCUGUGUGUUGGAUGCUUUCAGACAAGACUUUUCGUCCUUAAUACUAGUGACGUAUCGUAGAGGUUUUGAGCCUAUUGGAGACACAACUUAUACUAGUGAUGUUGGUUGGGGUUGCAUGCUUAGAAGCGGCCAGAUGCUCUUUGCACAGGCAUUGCUAUUUCAAAGGUUGGGAAGGUCUUGGAGGAAAAAAGAAUCUGAGCCGCCUGAAGAGGAAUACUUAGAGAUCUUAGAACUUUUUGGUGAUUCUGAGGCUUCAGCGUUUUCGAUACAUAAUCUUAUACUAGCUGGAGAAUCAUAUGGCCUGGCUGCUGGGUCAUGGGUAGGACCAUAUGCAGUUUGUCGGUCAUGGGAGUCAUUAGCUCGGAAGAAAAGAGAAGAAACUGAGGUCAAAGGCCGCUCGUGUUCCAUGGCUGUUCAUAUCGUUUCUGGUAGUGAAGAUGGGGAGAGAGGUGGAGCUCCAAUUCUCUGUAUAGAAGAUGUCACCAAAACUUGUUUGGAAUAUUCAGAAGGAGAAACUGAGUGGACUUCAGUUCUUCUCUUGGUCCCACUGGUUCUUGGACUUGACAAAGUGAACCCAAGGUACAUUCCAUCUCUGAUAGCCACUUUCAGUUUCCCUCAAAGCCUUGGGAUUUUGGGUGGCAAACCAGGUGCAUCAACUUACAUAGUUGGAGUUCAAGAAGACAAAGGUUUCUACCUUGACCCACACGAUGUUCAACAGGUAGUGACAGUGAACAAAGAAACUCAAGAUGUCGACACUUCGUCUUACCAUUGCAAUACACUUCGUUAUGUUCCGUUGGAGUCACUAGACCCAUCGCUAGCUCUUGGAUUCUAUUGCCGGGACAAAGAUGAUUUUGAUGAUUUCUGUAUCCGAGCAACGAAGCUAGCAGGAGACUCCAACGGCGCUCCGUUGUUCACGGUGACUCAAUCUCACAGAGGUGGUGAGCGUGGAAUUGCAGAAACCAGCGCUGUGGCAUCAUCUACAGAGAUAUCUGGUGAGGAGCAUGAAGAUGAUUGGCAAUUACUUUGACCAGUUUCACUAAGACAUCAUUCUUCUUCGUUUUGUAACUUUGUCCGAAUUGUCACAGUUUACGUCUCAAGACACCAUUCUUUCUUCAUCGAUGCAAAGAUUUGAUGUUGUGCUUUUAAAAGUAAAAACUAGAUUUUGACCCGCACACCCGUGCGGGUAUAUAUUUCAAAAAUAUAUUGCUAUUUAUUUUUUAUAUCAA